AUGGGCGAUAAUGAUGUUUCUACUACUGUCGUACAAUUAGGAAAUCAAUCAAUAACACGUAAAAGUCGAGCUCACAGUCCUGGUCCAUCGACAGGAAAAAAUUCCAGUGAUGAUUGUCGUUUAAACAGAACUGCAACUGAAAUCAAUCGACCAUCAGGAAAAUUGCCAAAUCUUCUUCCGAAAGCUACUGUUUUUAGUUCAUCAUCUGAUUCAAUACAAUUAAAACGCUAUCGUUCACAAUUGUCAAAAGAUUUUUUUAAUUCAACAUCUACGAAAUUUGAACGCCCAGCUACAAAUAUGAAUGGUCAAUCACGUCUACCAACAUUAUAUGCAUUGACAAGUGAAGGUGAUCAGAAACGAAUAGCUGAAGCACGUCGAAAACAAAUUUAUGCAUUGAAUCAUUUAAUGCGUGAGUUGGAACAAGAACAAUUUCAUGAAUUUUGUAAAUCACAUAAUAUCGGUACUAACAAUAGUGAAGUUACGGUUAAUAGUAAUGAAGAUAUCAAGAAAGAUUGA